AUGGCCGAGCCCAGCAUCGCAGCCGCCUACCGCCUGCUCUUCCUGUAUGCCGAGCCCUUCGCCGCCCUCUACGGCGCUCUCCUCGCCGGCCGCGCCCCGCUCAAGUACCUCUACCUCGUGAGCCCCGAGGCCCCAGCCCACUACCACCCGAGCCUGCAGGUCGUGCUGGAUCAGCUGGCUGCCACCUACUUCCUCUUCGCCUUUAACCAGGCCGUUGUGCUUCGCAUUGCCGAGAACAACGUCCGCAUCUGGACUGCCAUGCUGUGUGGUAUGCUGCUGUGUGACCUGCUGCACGUCAACGCCGCCGGGAACGCUCAGGGCUGGGGGGCACUGCUGGAUCCGGUAGGCUGGAGAUUUGAGGAAUAUGUGGUUAUGGUUCCUACGGUCGGUUUUGCCGUGGCGAGAGUGGCCUUCUUGUUGGGCUUUGGAGUGGCGGAGGAGAAGGUAAAGCCAAAGACCAAGACAGGGUAA